CCACUCACUGCCUGUAGAGAAAAAACAGCGGAAAUAGUACCCCAACGCAUACCCUAAACCAGAGAUGGGCCUAUUCGGGCCAUUGAGACACAGGGCCGCAUGUUCAUGUGUCCAUGAUGAGAGCGCGGAAUUCUGACACAGGAUGACUUUUACUGGGAUCUUUGGAACCCAGCCGCAGAUCUCGCAGCUGAGAUGGUCAACAGACUCCAGUUGUAUCCAGGACUGAGGGUUUACAUAUUGAAAGAACUCAAAAAGCGUGUGAAUGCCCACUACCAGGAUAAGAAGCUGGACCUGGAUAUGAGACGCGGCUGGAAGGAGUUAACAGAGAACAGGUACACAAUGCUGGUCAAGAAACUCCAAGGGCAGUAUGCAAAACAAGCAACGGUGUUUGUAAAUGAAAUCAUAUAUAAACAGCACAACUGGUACAAGAGGUGGUGCGACCUACAGAUCGAACAGGAAAUGAAGAGAUCUUUGACGCCUGAGGAACACCGAUUGUUGAUGAGAACUUUAAUCUCAACAAACAUCCUAGCUACCAAAUCUGUGACAAGAAAAAGAUGACAGCAUGCCAAAGUGGCCGCGGACGACAGCAAUGAGGACGGCAGAUAUGCACACUAACUAUCUUGGCCACGAUUGAUGCUUUAGUUGGCAGAUCGGGUGCUCGGGUUUAAUUUUACUAAUACCCU